AUGAAUUUCUCUCAGUCUCAAGACACUCAAUCUUACCCUGAGUUCAAUGUUCCUCCUGCCGCUGCUCGCAGCGCGGAGAUGCCCAUGCUUUGGGACAAAGAACAUUGCAGGUUGAUUGACGCCUGCGUAAGGCAUGAAUCCCUGCUGGAGCUCUUUAUGCAGCUCCCAAAGUUAGCUGAUAUCCUUGAGGCCAAUCAGGCCAUGAAGGACAUCGACUUUCCUGUGGUCAAUACGGUCACGGCACUACGAAGUCACGACUGGACCAUGUGUGAGCUCCUGCACACCAUGUCAGUUCCGGUCGUACAGAGUAUUGCUAAAAACACCUUUGCCUUUGACGAAUGGAAUCGUACUAUUAAGCCGUUUCGUAUGCCUGGACCUCGCGAUCCAGAGAUUCCAGGCGUCUACGUUAUCGGCUUGAGGAUACCGAAUCGCAAUGGUAAAUUUCUCAACAUUGAGGAGUUGGAGCGUCUGAUUGCCGACAUGAAGCUGUAUUCCAGAGGGUACGAAUCCUAUGCCAGACAUGGUAAGUGGAAUCUCAACGGCAUGUCGGCACCAGAGAAAACCGCCCGUACAUUGGUCAAAGCUGUUGACCGCAUGUCGGGAGCCACCAUAGACAAGGCCGAUGGACCCCUGUUCAUCGCUAAUGAGGAAGAACUAUCUAGGAUACAGGCUCUUAUCAGUACAUUCGAGGGGAUGUGUGACAGGAGCCUUGAUCCUACUGGUAAGGUCUUCGGAUUACAAAGCCCCCUUUACGUAGGGUGCUCCAAGAAUUUGUAUAAGCGUACACGUGUAUACUCAGGUCACAGCGUCAAGGCGAUCAAUAAGCCUCUGGGCCUAACUGUUAGCAUCCUCCGGACGCACGCCAAGGCCCCUGAGUUGGUCGUCGAGUGUGUACUACGAAUUCUCAAGGACCACCAAUUGCCCAUGGCAGAGCAGUUGGUGGCUACCCUUGCAGGAUCUCUUGUGUAUCAACGUGGCUUUAAUGCAGUUGAAACAGGAGGGACAGGUUCAAAGACCGUUGACUCAACAGAUGGCCUCAGAGAGAACAUAAAGCACAUCGUAGCGGGUACUCAAAUCAUGGGGCAAAAUCUGAGUGCCAGUCUCAAAGAAGCAAAUCUUCGUCAACGUUUCUUGCACGAUCUUGACAUAUUAAAUGGAAAGAUCAUUGAGAUUAGCAAAAACUUAGAGUCUUGCAAACAGGCUUUGUUGAAGCUUCAAGCGGGCUAUCAGUGGGAUGGAACGCUUGAUGAUAUGCGUAUCCUCGUCAGACGUUUGAGGGCGGAGCUAGAGGACCAGAAAGAAGCCUUGAAGCUCUGGAAACUGAUGAUGAGGAUACAAGAAGUGAUUGUCGAGGAUACUGGUAAAGGAAUAAAACUAUUAUCCUCCAAUUCCGAUGACCUCUAA